UCCUGGUGCGCUGUUUACGCAUAGGUCUUGUAGUAGGUACCACGCGUUGCGCACGAGUUUUUCCGCGUCUGCCUUGCUUCUUUUGGAUCUAACCUCGAUUUUUCCACAUUUCAACACAUCGUUUUUCUUGUUUUAUUGUUUGGGCAGCUUGCAUUGGAAACUGGGUUGGAGUUUAUCGCGUGCGCAACAGGAAGAAACAUCAUUGCACUCGGUUGGUGGAUGCACAAGAGUGGUUGAAUGCAGCGAGCAGCCUACUACAGCCCGUAUAACCUAUCCCAAAACAACAGCGCCAUCCCUGGAAGCACAGAGACCCUCCCGGUGGAUAAAGGGUUAAGGAUUUUGUAAGGGUCCUUUAUUGGGUGCUCGCUCGGUUGCCUCUUUCUCCAUUGAAGCCGCCAUGAACAAAUGAAUUCGCGGGGAAUAAAAUAUCUCUUCCAUAAAGGAGAACGUGUGCUGUGUUUCGAGCCUGAUCCCACCAAAGCCAAAGUGUUGUAUGACGCAAAGGUUCUGGACGUGUUAACUGGUACAGAUGAACAUGGAAGGAGAGUCCCCAAGUACCUGAUUCAUUUUAAUGGUUGGAAUAGAAGCUGGGAUCGCUGGGCUGCAGAAGAUCAUGUCCUAAGUGACACAGAAGAAAACAGGAAAUUACAACGUAAAUUGGCUCGUAAAGCUCUAGGGCGCAUGAAGAAAAAGGCAUGGGCAAAGAGGCGCCGUCGUCAAUCUGGUUCUAAAACAGUUCUGAAGACUCUGCCUAAAGAGGAGGACAGCGAUGAUGCGUGUUUGAUUUCGUCCUCCUCUGACAGCUCAGACCCAGACGAUUCUGACCCGGAAUCUUCAAAUAGUGGAGAUAGCGCUUUCUCCGAGGAUAUUAACAAAAUGAGGGUUGAACCGGACAUCAACGUCAAGAGGGAGUGCGAAGAAAAGGCUGUCCAUGUGGACAUAAGCAUCCCAGAUGUUCUCAAGAAAAAAUUGGAGGAUGACUGUUUUUACAUCAACAAGAGAAAGAAGCUGGUGAUGGUGCCAUGCCAGACAAACGUUGUGCACAUUCUGGAGUCUUAUGUCAAACACUUUGCCAUAAACAAAGCCUUUAUGGCCAAUGAGAGGUACAGACGACAGCAGGCCUCUCAAAACACUGUCCCACAACCGGUCUCUCCUGAAAAGAGUGAGGACUUGUGUAAAGAAAUGGUGGACGGUCUGAGGAUCACUUUUGACUUCACAUUACCCAUGAUCCUCUUGUAUCCGUGUGAACAAGCGCAGUUCAAAAAAGUCAGCUCUUCACGACUCUUCAUGGCCAUCAACGAAAACUCUCCGUCCUCCAGCAAUUCUUCCCUUAUAUCUACAGUGUUAAAUGUACAUCAAUAUAAAGAAGAAAUUAGAGAAAGCCAAGCAAACAGUGUUCAGAGGGAGAGGAGUCCCAGCCCUCCGGUGCACAACCCUCCUACUCCUCAGUCCACGGACAGCCAGCCCGCGCUCAGUGACGUCUCCACGGCAACGCCCACCACCGCCGCCACCGCCGGCAACCCCACGCCCAAACGCAGGAGGCACCCCGACAUGGACUGCAUCAACUUCCAGAACCAAAGUCUGAGACGCUCCACCAGGAACACGUCAGGAGGGGACCGGCCAGCAGAGGGCAGCAGUGGAGGCGGGGGCAGUGCCACAGCGUCUCCUCAGACAAAACGCAGGAUUGUUGACAGUCCAGCGCAGCCCAAGUUCUUCCUAAACCUCGACAGGAAGACUCCGGUCCACAGCGGCUCGUCCUCCCCCUUGCCCUUGACGCCGAACAAAGAGCGCACUGGUCCCUUCUACGGAUUGGAGAGCCGGAGAAACAAUGAGCUCAAUGAGGUUUUGAGCUGGAAGUUGACUCCCGAUAAUUACCCAAUGAACGACCAACCUCCGCCUCCAUCUUAUCUCUACGGAUCACAGCACCUCCUCAGGCUUUUUGUCAAACUUCCUGACAUCCUCGGAAAGAUGCAGAUCCCAGAGAGGAAUUUGAGGGCGCUGAUCAAACAUCUGGAGCAGUUUCUCAGGUUUUUGGCCGAGUUCCACGAAGAUUUUUUCCCUGAGUCGGCUUAUGUGUCUGCGUCGGAAGCCCACUACAGCAUGAAACAGCCCAGGCCAAUUUACUGAAGCAUUUGUUUCCAUUUGCAAUGCCACUCUCACUUUCGGACCCCAGCGUUCUUUUUUUUUUCCAGAUCUAAAAUGGCCAUCGCCGAAAGCUGGGUUUGUUUGUUACAUUCCUGGCUUGUUCCGCUUGUUGCUAACCUGUUGGAAAUUCUAGUAUUGUCUACUGCUCUGCUACUACUACUACUAUUACUACUAUUGCUACUACAAAAAUAACUGCAUUUUCUGAAGAACUAUGAUGUUAAUUCUUCACUUGGACAUCAAAAUAGACAUGAUAUCUUGAUAUUAAAGGCUAAACGCUAUCUUCGAAGGACACUUUUGCCAGUAUGCUCAAAAAACGUUCAAAACAAGAUUGCGAUCGCGUAGUUUUGGUGUCUUCCCUGACUUCUUAGUUUGCUGCUUUGUUAGCCUCCUUACUUGCCUCGAUUCUUCCAUCCAUUUUUAGCAAGAAGUUUAUGCAUUUUUUGAUUGAUAUUUAAGGUCAAAUGCAAUACGCCCAUUUCUAUAACUUGGAAAAAUGUUUUAACCAAGAUAUAGCUGUUAUUUAGUUAAAGAUGCACUGCGUAACUUUUCAGGUUGGGGGUUUCGUUGCCUCUAAUGUUCCACAAUAUGGUAUUAAACUUAUAUAAGAUGCAUUUUUUCAGUUAUGGGUGUUUUUAUUCCUCAGAAACACCUUUUAAAAACAUGUAUUCUUAUUGUGAGUGGGGUCGCCUCUUCGCAGAUCUCACCUGUAAAUUGGCUGGUGACGUCUCCAGCUUGUUUCUAUGGAGACUGAAAAAAAAAAAGAAUGCCAUAUUUUGGAAUAUGAGGUAAAGCAAUAAAAAAAAGUAACUAGCAGGGCCUCUACCAGAAAAGUUACACAGUUUUACUUUAAGGCAUCAUGAGCUACUUUAAUUUGUUAGUUAAUUUAUUGCUCAAGCUGAGUAGUUUUUUGGAUUCAUUAUUUUUAACAAACAUCAAUUCAGAUCAGGGGACAAACGGGUCUAUUUUCCCGUCCCCAAGGUUUUACGUCCCCAAAAUUUGAACCUCUGCCUAUUAAUUUAUAUUAUCGGGGGCCCCAUGUGAUGCUUCUUGCCCUGGACCUUCAAAUUUCUGUCGACGGGCCUGUUUCAGACUAUCACAUUUUCUAUUGGCAUUAGUUUGCUUUUUUCAUGUAAUACUGUCCCGUCUAUGUUUGUCUUUUUCAAGCUAGAUUUUACUUUGCAGCUACAGUAUGAAGUUCAUAUUUUCGAAGAAAAUGAAUAUGUUCAGUACCAGUAAAUUAGAUCGCACACAGUAUAUUAAAUGCUAAAAUUAUUAGUUGUUUAUGUAUUUUUUUAAGUCGUGCUUCUUAAUGUGUACAAUUGUAAAUAUCCCAGAUACUUGAACAGAGAAUAGACAUUAUAGUGACUUUUGGGAACAUGUUAUUUCACUGUUAAUGACAACUGAAGGUUUUGUUGAGUAUUUUUGUCAAUAAAAUAUUUUUUUGUA